AUGGCCAAUGAAUCCAACGUCGCGGCCCUUCUGACGGGCCAGAAUGAACCUCUCGUUGUUCAAGGUGUUGCCUAUCCCAGCGUGGGCGAAGAUGAACUUGUGGUGCGUAACCAUGCCAUUGCCGUGAAUCCCGUGGACUAUGCCAUGCAGAUGCUGGGCACGACGCUGUUUUCCUGGCUGCAGUAUCCCUACAUUCUCGGCGAGGAUGUCGCUGGCGAGGUCGUCGAGGUGGGCAGCGCAGUCACCGGCUUCAAGGUUGGCGAUCGCGUGGUGGGCCAUGCAGUACUAGGAAGCGACACCAGCACCGGAGGUGCUUUCCAGCGCUAUUCUCGAUUGUUGUCGAACAUGGUCUCGUCAAUUCCCGAUUCCUUGGCCUACGAGGAUGCGGCGGUGAUUCCUCUCGGGCUCUCCACCGCUGCCUCUGGCCUGUUCCAGAAGGACUAUUUGGGUCUGCAAUAUCCUUCGAUAAGCCCUCAGCCUACAGGCAAGACUCUUCUGAUCUGGGGCGGAUCGACCAGUGUGGGCAGCAACGCCAUCCAGCUGGCCGUGGCAGCUGGCUACGACGUGAUUACGACGGCGUCACCCAGAAACUUCGAAUACGUUAAGGGCCUCGGGGCUACCCAGGCAUUUGACUAUCAAAGUCCUACCAUCGGGGCCGAUCUUCUGGAAGCUUUCAAGGGCAAGAGGUGUGCCGGUGGCCUGGCAAUUGCUGGCGUGGUCCCGCAAGCCCGAACAGAAGCUGCUGAAGCCUGUCUUGAAGUUAUCGCCAAGUCGGAAGGGGACAAGUUUGUAGCUCUCGCUAUGCCUCUGCCACCGCAGCUCCCAGACGGGGUAGGGGCCAAGUUCAUCUUUGCUAGCGGCCUGAAGGAUAGCGAAGUGAGCCAUGUCAUCUAUGGGGAUUAUCUGCCCAAGGCUCUGGCUGCGGGGAAGUUCACUCCGGCUCCUAAGGCGGAAGUCGUAGGGCAGGGGUUUGAGGCUAUCCAGGGAGCGUUGGAUGCAUUGAAGCAGGGAGUGUCAGCUAAGAAAUUGGUGGUUACUCUUCCGUAA